AUGAACGUCACUGCUACAACUAUAACAACUUCAACAACAACAAUUGCAUUACAAGAUAUUUGGAAUACAACUUCUGAUGUUGUUUCUCGUUAUUUAUUCAUUAUAUUAAAUUAUAUUGAAUUAAUACCUGGUGGUUCAAUUUUAGUUCGUUAUAUAAAAUCUUCUCAUAAAAAUGAUCCAAUUAGAACUUUAUUUGAAAUUGCUUUAUUUAUUUUUGCAAUUAGAUAUUUUACUACAGCAAAAUAUGAAAGAUCUAAAAAAGAUCAUAUUAAAUUGAAAAAUUCUGAAAUUGAUGAAUUAAUUGAUGAUUGGAUGCCGGAACCUUUAGUUUUGGAUAUUAGUCCAAAGGAACAAUGGCAAUUAAAUUCAAUUCCAAUUGUUAAAGGUCCAAUAGAUACUAAAGUGAACCUAGUUGGUGAAGAAGGUGACUUUUUAAAUUUUGCUUCUUCAAAUUUUUUAAAUUUUGGUAUUAAUCCAAUUGUUAAAAAUGAAUGUAAAAAAAUUAUUCAUAGUAAUGGUGUUGGUGCUUGUGGUCCACCAAAUUUUUAUGGUAAUCAAGAUAUUCAUAUUAAAUUAGAAAAUGAUUUAGCAAAAUUUUUCGAAGUUGGUGGUGCUGUAUUAUAUGGUCAAGAUUUUUGUACUGCAGGUUCAGUUUUACCAAGUUUUUUAAAAAGAGGUGAUUUUGUUAUUGCUGAUGCUUCAUCAAAUGUUGCAAUUCAAAAAGCUUUACAAUUAUCAAGAUGUGAAAUUUAUUGGUUUAAUCAUAAUGAUUUGGAUCAUUUAGAAGAAAUUUUAAUUGAUUUACAAAAAAAUAUUUUUAAAUUUGAAAAACCAAUUUCAAGAAAAUUUAUUGUUACUGAAGGUAUUUUUGCAAAUAAAGGUGAUUCACCAUAUUUACCAAGAUUAAUUGAAUUAAAGAAAAAAUUUAAAUUUAGAUUAUUUUUGGAUGAAUCUUUAUCUUUAGGUGUUUUAGGUAAAUCUGGUAAAGGUUUAGCUGAACAUUAUAAUAUUAAAAGAUCAGAAAUUGAUGUAACUAUAAGUUCAAUGGCUAAUUCAUUCUCUUCUUCAGGUGCUUUUUGUAUUGGUGAUAAAGUUAUGACUUAUCAUCAAAGAAUUGGUUCAAUGGCUUAUUGUUUUAGUGCUUCAUUACCUGCUUAUGUUGCAAGAGCUACAUCAGUUGCAUUAAGAUUAUUAACUGAUUCUCAAGAUUCCCAGGGUGAAUCAUCAAUUGUAAAAAAAUUACAAUCAAAUAAUUAUCAAUUAUUUAAUUUAUUUAAUAAAGAUAGAAAAUUAAGUAAAUAUUUAAAAAUUAUAUCAAAUGAAAUUUCACCAAUUUUACAUUUUGAAAUUAAUUCAGAUUUAAGAAAACUUUUAAAUUUCCCAAUUAGUUAUACAGGUAAAGGAUCAGAAAUUGAAUAUAAAAAUAAAAAAGGAAUUUCUGAUAAAUUUGUUGAAUCAUUUAAUUAUGAAAAUUUAAUUUUUCAAAAAAUUAUAAAUUUAUCCAAGAAACAAGGUAUUUUAAUAACAAGAUCAAUUUUUACAAUUGAACAAGAAGCUCUGCCUCUGAUUCCAAAUUUAAAAAUUCAUUCAAAUGUUGAUUUUACUAAGGAUGAAAUUGAAAAAGUUUAUAAAAUUGUUUCCAAAGUAAUUUUAGAUGUUUUUGAAAAUUUAACUGUUGAAUCAUUAUCAUUAUUAACUGAAGAAGUUAUUUAA